CGCAACCUCGAUGCUUUUUAAUGCCCUACAUUUUCCGCCCCUACUGCGGCUCUAAUUGAACUCAAUGCGAGUGCCAUGUGCUAAGGUCCAGGGCUAUUCGAUCCCAGACGCCCGUCUCGCCGCUGGCUUCUCUUUUGGCAGUCAAACUCUAAUCCAUCUGUGCUGCGUGCUAUUCGCCAAUUGUUUCGGUUUUUGUUUCUGCCAGGCUGAGAGAGAGUUUUCCCCAGCCUUGUGCCCUGGUCCUGGCACCCUCUCUCCCAUUAGCCGGUCCUGCAAUGUGGGCACUAAGCGGGUUCGGGCGCGCCGUAAUCAACGGUUCCUCUUGUAUGAGCCAGGGGUGUUUGGCCAGCCCGGUACGAGCAGCUCGAUGGAAUCGAUGCAGACCUACUUGCACGCAAUGACGUGAAGAAGAAGACGAAAUGAACCGUAAUCGACGCUACGAUGGAGCCGCACACCACCAUGCAUGCCCUAUCGCUCCGCAUCUUCCGAAUUGCUUCAGGUGGAUGAAUAGCCUGUAAGCGCACAUGGUUCCCAAAAAUAUCACCACCACCAUCAAUUGCCUAUCGUUUCGUGCUCGCAUCCUUCCGAAAGCUGGCAGAUGUCCUCCGGCUAGCGUCGUCCGCGAGCAUCCAAUCUGAGGCGUCCAUGUGUUCGUGCAUAAGACCCGCGCUUUUGUCCGUCCAAUAUUUGCCAAUCGGCUGCGC